CAAGAGGCACCUCCCGGUCUCAUCUGCCUUCGCGCUGCGCCCGGGGAGCCGCCGUCGGGAUGCCGCUCAGGCUGAGCCUGGUGUGGCUGCUGAGCUGCUCGGCCAGCCUGUGCCGCGGCUACUUCGACGGGCCGCUGUACCCGGAGAUGUCCAACGGGACGCUGCACCAUUACUUCGUGCCUGACGGAGACUACGAGGAGAACGACGACCCGGAGAAGUGCCAGCUGCUCUUCAGGGUGAGCGACCGGCUGCGCUGCUCGGCGGGCGGGGAGGCGCAGCAGCGGCUGAACUACCCGGCGGCGGCGGCGGCGGCGCCCAGCCUGACCCUGCGGGAGGAGUUCACCAUCCUGGGCCGGCAGGUGGAGGACGCGGCGCGGGUGCUGGAAGGCAUCCGCAAGAGCAUCUCCUACGACCUGGACGGCGAGGAGAGCUACGGCAAGUACCUGCGCCGGGAGUCCACGCAGAUCGGCGACGCCUACGCCAACUCGGACAAGUCGCUGGGCGAGCUGGAGAACAAGUUCCGGCAAGGGCAGGAGCACGAGAGCCGCGAGGAGAGCCGCCUCAACGACGACUUCCUGGGCAUGCUGGUGCACACGCGCGCCCUCCUCCAGGAGACGCUGGCCAUCUCGGCCGGCCUCCGGGACAAGUACGAGCUCCUCGCGCUCACCGUCCGCAGCCACGGCACGCGCCUCGGCCGCCUCAAGACCGAGUACCUGAAAGGCUGAGCGCCUGCCUGCCCGCGCCCUCCCCGCCGCGUGGAGGAGCCCUGCUGGGCGCGCUCUUCUCCAAAGCUACCCUUCCUGUAGCCAUUGAUGCAGCUGCUAGACUCUCCAGGGAUUUCGUCGCUUUGUGACAUUUGGAUAAGCUUCCAUAAACUUCAGCCAACCGUUCUGAAGCGGGGGGGGAGGGGGGAGUCCCCCCCCCCAAUGUUUUUAAAUGACGCAUCUCUGCGUCACAGCCAUCGCCAUCUCAGAAGAAAGAGGCAUUCCCUCCUGUGUAAGAGAGGAGGGAUGCUUCUUUUAAGAUGGCACUGGGCUCCCAUGAAUGUGUAAGGACCAGUGUUCCCUCUAAGCUGAGUUAGUGUGAGCUAGCUCACAGUUUUUUAGCCUC